AUGUUGGCCGCGCGCAUCUUCCGCCGCUGCAUCACGAUCAAGAGCACGAAGCUCACGCCCGAGCAGAUCGCUGAGAAGACCAAGUACCGCAAUAAGAUCUCAGCCAAGACGACAGGCCCGAUCAUCCCGAUCGCGCCCACCGACGCCCUCCGCCUCGCCAAGCGGCUCGCGCUCAGUGGCGUGAGCUCGCGCCGCGAAGCCGAAAAGAUCAUUCAAGACGGCCGUGUCACCGUCAAUGGCAUUCUUAUCGACAACGUCGCCCACAACGUUACCAUGGACGACUUGAUCACGGUCGACGACAAGCCGGUGACGUUCAAGGACAAGCGCCGCGUCUGGAUCGCGCACAAGCUCAUGGGCGAGCUUGUGACGACCAACGACCCGCAAGGCCGCCCGACCAUCAUGGACCGGCUCAAGAAGAUGGGCAUGCAGCAUCACAUUAUGGCUGUCGGUCGCCUCGACUUCAACACGGAAGGCCUUUUGCUCUUGACGAACGACGGCGCCUACGCCCGCGAGCUCGAGCACCCGCAGUUUGAAGUGCAGCGCACAUACCGCGUGCUCGUGCGUGGCCAGGUGCUUCCGUCCAAGAUCGCCGAGCUGCAGAAGGGCGCAGUCGUCGACGGCGUCAAGUACCGCCCGAUCCAAGUGACGAUCGAGUCGACCAAGGACAAGGACUCGUGGCUCAAGGUCAAGCUCAGCGAAGGCAAGAACCGCGAAGUACGCAAGGCGCUCGCCCACGUGCGACUCAUCGUCAAGCGUCUCAUCCGCGUCGAGUAUGGUCCGUACCGCCUCGCCGACCUCCAGAAGGGCUAUGUGCUCGAGGUGCAGCCCAAGCCGACGGCCUCAAAAUAA